GGGGAGGAGCAGGAAGGCGAGGAGCACGAAGAGGAGCGGCCCGAGGAGGAGCAGCAGUGGCAGGAGCAUUGCGGGGCUCCACGGCGAGCCCGCUGAGCCCGCAGCUCGGCUGGCCCCGGCAGCAUCGCAUUGCCCUGCGUGCCGCGGCCAGCAGCGCUGGGUGGUCGGGGAGUCACCGCUCCACUCACGGCACACACCACUUACAAGUUCGGAUUUCCCAUUCCCAGACCUUAUCUGGAUAGAGGAGAAGGCUGCGAGGAAGCAGAAUAUGCUCCAGAACACUGAGGCAGACAAGGAGCUGAAGAUGGAGAGCAGGGAGGACAAAUCCCCACGGCAGAACCUCAUGGACGAGGCCGUUUUGAGUGGCUCCACAGCACGGGAACCUAAUGGGGCUGAAAAGCCUCGGAGAUCCCUCAGGAGGAGGGGCUCCAAACCCAGCCCAGGAUAUGCUGAGGGAGAAAGACCUAGCCUGUGCCAGGAAGGCAGCCAGAGAUCUGGCCAGAGCUCUGAGGUGGUGGUCAAUGAGCAGCUUAAUGAUGGCAAGAAGCCCCACCAGUGCUUGGAAUGUGGGAAGAGUUUUCCCGCGAGCUCCCACCUGAUCAUCCACCAGAGGAUCCACACCGGGGAACGGCCCUACGAGUGUGGGGAAUGUGGGAAGAGCUUCAGGAUCAGCCACCAACUCACUGCCCACCAGAGAAUCCACACGGGGGAACGGCCCUACGAGUGUGGGGAAUGUGGGAAGAGGUUCCAGACCAGCUCCCACCUGAUCACCCACCGAAGGAUCCACACUGGGGAAUGGCCCCACGAGUGUGGGGAAUGUGGACAGAGGUUCAGGAUCAGCUCCCACCUGAUCGCCCACCAGAGGAUCCACACCGGGGAACGGCCCCACAAGUGUGAGGAAUGUGGGAAGAGCUUCAGGAUCAGCUCCCACCUGAUCGUCCACCAGACGACCCACACCAGUGAACGGCCCUAUAAAUGUGGAGAAUGUGGGAAAGGCUUCAGGAGGAGCUCCAGCCUGAAACUCCACCAGGUGACCCACACUGGGAUACGCCCCUAUGUGUGUGGGGAAUGUGGGAAGGGCUUCCGUGACAGCUCUCGCCUGAUCAUCCACCAGACAAUGCACACUGGGGAAUGCCCCUACACCUGCUCUGAAUGUGGGAAGAGCUACAUGGGGAACGCCAGCCUGAUCAUGCACCAGAGGAUCCACACUGGGGAGAGGCCCUACAAGUGCGGGGAAUGUGGGAAAAGCUUCAUCCAGAGCUGCCAUGUGAUUCUCCACCAGAGGAUCCACACUGGGGAGAGGCCCUGUAAGUGCAGGGAAUGUGGGAAAAGCUUCACUGCGCCCUCCGCCCUGAUUGCCCACCAGAGGAUCCACACUGGGGAGAGGCCCUACAAGUGCGGGGAAUGUGGGAAAAGCUUCAGCCAGAGCUCCAGCCUGACUGUCCACCAGAGGAUCCACACUGGGAAGAAGCACUAUGAGUGUCCUGAGUGUGGGGAGAGGUUUCAGAGCAGAUACCGUCUCCUCAAGCAUCAGCAGAUUCACACAGAAUAGAGGCCCUUCCGCUGCCCCGAGUGCAGGAGGGGCUUUAAGAAAAACUCCACCCUCAUCACCCACCAGCGGAUCCACGCUGGGGAGAGGCCCUAAGAGUGUCCCAAGUGUGGCAAGCACUUCUCCCAGAACUCUACUAUGACCCAGCACCAAGGGAGGCAGCAGUAAGGGAAGCCCUACAAGUGCCCCGUGUGCAGGAAGAGCUUUGAGCGCUGCUCCAACUCCAUCCUCCACUGGAGGACCCCCAUUGGAUGGUCCACGAUGACCCUCGUUUGGCAGAGACUUGGUGAUCCAUGGUCCCUUUGAUCCAGGUUAGGAAGAAACCUGGCUGGUGGUCUCCACAUCUUCCUGGCUCCUCUUGGACACUUGGGCAGCAGGAGAAAAAUCCAUUGGGAUGCAAACCGACAUCAGAAUUUCAUAGGGGACCGUACAGUUUUGUACUUUUGACCCCAAAAAUAUCUCACUUUUGCAUCCAAUCAUUUCUUCAGGUGGCAUCAAGGAAUACUGGAUGGUGUUGGAGGUCUUUUCCAACCUAAAUCAUUCUAUGAUUCUAAUUCUCCCUGGCCUAGAGACAUCUUCCACAGCCAAAUGGUGAUGGACUGGGGCACAAAACCAGGAUUUUGGAGAAAAUGGAGUGGAAAUUCCUCUAGAAAAGAUCCUUUCUACCCACCCAGGCACAUGGAUACUCAGCCAGCAUGUACACAUAAAUCCUUUUAUUUUGGCCUUGAUUUUCCUUCAUAUUUCUUUAUCCCUUCACGCACCAUUGGGGUAAAAAUAAAGACAUUUAACUAA